GUGUCUCGAUUGGAGCUCCUUGAUCUUUUGCAUGUCUGAUCUGCUGAUCACUGGUUUUCUCCCUUUGUUUUUUUUUUUAUUCUUCAACUGGUUUUGGCUACUAGCAGUUUGGUUUUCAGCAUUUCCUCCCUGCAAUUUCCUGCAUUUAAUUCGUCAUUGAUGUGCAAACAAGAGUUCUAAAAUGGAAGCUUAUCACUAUAAGAUUAUCUGAAAUUGUUGAAUAAUGUUACAUGACUUGUCAUGAUGAUCAACAGGCUUGUGCUCAUUACCAAUUUGGACCACUCAGCAUUUGUCUAUCCAUGAACUACUUUGAUCGCUUUCUAUCAGUUUUUGAAUUGCCUACAGGUAAGGCUUGGACUCUGCAACUGUUAGCUGUAGCUUGUUUAUCAUUAGCUGCCAAAAUGGAGGAGACUAAGGUGCCACAGUCUGUUGAUUUACAGGUAGGAGAUCCCAAGUUUGUAUUUGAAGCUAAAACCAUCCAAAGAAUGGAGCUUCUGGUAUUGAGUACAUUGAAGUGGAGGUUGCAGGUUCUUACUCCUUGUUCAUUCAUUGAUUACUUCGUGAGAAAAAUCCCGGAUGAUCAGUUGAGCAUUUCAAUCUCUAAAUCAGUCCAGAUAAUAUUAAACACAAUUAAAGGUAUUGAUUUCUUGGAGUUCAGGCCAUCUGAAAUAGCUGCAGCUGUGGCGAUUUUUGUUUCUGGAGAAAUUCCAGCAGUGGACAUUGGUGAUCAGGACAAGUCUUAUUUUGUGCACCUUGAGAAGGGGAGAGUGAUGAAAUGUGUGGAAUUGAUCAAAGACUUGACAUUGAUAACUGGGUCUGGUUCGGCUUCUUCAUCAUCCAUCAUCCCACAGAGCCCAGAUGGAGUGCUUGAUGCAGCUACUUGUCUGAGCUAUAAAAGUGAUGAGAUCACAGCCGUUGGAUCAUUUACAACAAAUUCUUCUUCACAUAAUAAUAAUAACAACAACAGUUCAGACAUUAAGAGGAGGAAACCAGAGAAGAAGUGAUGACUCAUGGGAUAUGAAUCCUUCUUCUUCUUAACAGUUUACUCAAUAUACAAGUCACUCCAGUGACCAAUCAAUUUGGUUGAAUGGCAAUUUUGGUGCGGUGAUAUCUGGAAGAAGCUUCUUCACAGAUUAUACACAGAGAAAUUUGAAUGAAUACAUUUUUUUAAGGUGAAAAAUAUAUCCAAGAGGGUAGUUUCAUGCUUCUAGCAUGAAGAGCCUGCAAAACAAAAAAAAAAAAAAAAAAUCACCCACCAGAAUUUUUUUUGUUUUUAUAACUAAAAAAUAUGCCCAACUGGCAACAGUCACAUAUAUCAGCUCUGCAUAGUGUUGUUGGUGGUACAUGUAGAAUUUUCUGGAGUAGGUUUUUUUUUUUUUUUUCUUGGGGUAAGCGAAGAACAUAUGCAGAGUGAAAUAUAUUUCUUGAGAAAAAAAAGAAAAAGAAAGCUCAUUCCCAUCUCUAGUUUCAUAUAUAAUUUCUACAGCGUCCGUUGAAACGACGCCGUAUCUCCGCUACAGUUGAAACGAUGUCGUAGAGAAAAACAUCGGGAUUGAAGAGGGAUGAGGGGGGGGACCCACAAGAGGUUUUGUUUUGACUGGGCGGCCGGUCAACAUCUUGUGUUUAGUCAGUCAGCGUAUGAUAAGAAAAAAGUUUCUCUGAUCUUGAGAAACGUUGGGAAUCCACAGUUCAGAACUUACGGGCA